UUUAUGUGAAACAAAUCGCUUGAAAACGCCAAUAAUGGACGCAACGUCCGGUAUCCCGAACGCGUUAACUGACAGAGGUGACAACAUAACCUCACAAAUGACAAUGUAACCGGUUAUUCCCCCGUUUGUGGCAACAAUGAAGCCCCGGAUAACGGUGUAUGACUAUUUGCGCAAACACUGGCUUCUUGUGGGUAUUCUAACUUGUAUUUUCUUCGCGGGGAUUUACCCCGAACUGGGGUCGAAGAACGGACCACUGCAUACCGAAUAUUCGGUGAAAUAUGGGGCUGUCACUGUGAUUUUUUUAAUAAGUGGGAUUUCCCUCAAAACUGAAAGCAUUUACGAGACGUUCCAGCAACAUAAUUUGCAUUUCUUCAUUCAAGGAUUCACUUUUAUUUUUAUUCCAAUUUUUACGCAAAUCUUUGUCCAUUUAUUAAAUUACUUCGGGGUGAACCAAUGGGUGUUACGAGGACUUGUCACUGUAGCCUGUAUGCCCCCACCUGUCUCGAGCGCUGUGAUUUUGACUCGAGCGGCUGACGGUAACGAAACUGCGGCUAUUUUCAAUUCAGUCCUUGGUAGUUUUCUGGGGGUUGUAAUCACACCGUUACUGCUCCUAAUUAACCUGGGUUUUACGACACUUGUGCCCCUUUUGGCCACAAUAAUCCAACUCGUAACCACUGUCCUCAUCCCCCUGUUUUUAGGCCAAAUCAUUCGGAACUUCACCGGGUUUCGGGGGCACACUCUCCCCCUCAACACCAUCGGGCAAUGCGCCCUGUUAUUCGUAAUCUAUACGACUUUUUGCGACACUUUUGAAACCCCCGAACACCACUUGAGCGCCGCCGAUGUCCUCGCAAGUGUUUUCUCAGUUCUGCUAAUGCAAAUCAUUCUAUUAGGCCUGAGCCAUGCAAUAGCCCAAUGUUUCCAAAAACACUUCACCAUUCAAGACGUCAUCACGAUUAUUUUUUGCUCCACUCACAAGUCACUCACUUUAGGAAUCCCAAUUCUUCGAAUCUUGUUCCACGGUUACUCCCACUUGAGCCAAAUCAGCCUCCCGUUGCUGAUUUACCACCCGACGCAGAUUAUUCUAGGGGGGCUCAUCGUCACGCAGCUGAAGGACUGGGUGCAGCUCCAUAGAAGCAAGCGGCCCCCGGUUUAACACAAACACUCACUUUAUACAGUAUUUAUUGUAACAAAACGAAUAAAUGAUUAAUUUUGA